AUGGAAGUUUAUAAAAAGAAGAGUUAUGGAAGAGAUUCAUUUUACGACUUCUCAAAACAAACCCACUACGAGUUUAGAGACCUCAAUCAAAUAACUGCCGAGACAUUAAAUAAUAUACUUCACCAAAACGCGUGCCCUGGAAACUACAUUUUCUUGAAGACAGACGAUCCAAAAGAAAUCCAAACUAUAUUAGAUAAGAAAGACAUAAGAGGAAUACUCCAAUUCUACCCGGAAGGCGUCGAUAGUAUAUACUUGUGCUAUACAGAAGAGAAAGACUUUCAACAACAAGUGAGUGGUAUAAUGAGUCAGAUCAUUGUUACGUAUUAUGAUAACUAUACAAGUCUAUUGCUUGACUGGUCGAGGUUUGCGAAUACAAGAUUGGGACCAAAUGGUGAAAACAAAGCUUUAGCUGUAUUUCGAGACGAAAACAAUUAUUUGGCAUUCAAGAAGAUGAUUGAAACACUGAAGAAAAUACACUGCGACUAUAGCGUCAAGCCAGAAUACGAGUUCGACCUGGUUGACUACAACAGCAUUUCGUUGUUUGACUUGGACGUCGAGCAUUUGAACCAAAGUAUUUACAGGCAAUUCGUCGUGAAUGUCGUGAGUUGUAAGGACGAGAACAUUGCAACGAAAUUUCCCGAAACGUUAAUCCGGAACAACACCGUGCAACGCCUCAUCGACUCGUUCCGAACAACAAAAGCCAUUCGCGUGAAAAAGUCCGAGUUGCUCACAACUCCUCAAAACAUCGAAAUUGUAACAAACGAAAUUGCUUCCUUCAGACAUUUAUUCACAAUAUCGACAAAAGAACACACAUCGUUUGAAACUAUCUUCUGGGAGCGAGCGAAAAAGUAUCCACAAGACUCGGAAAUUUAUCAGUUCCUUGUCAAGUGGUAUGCAAAGAAUGGGCAACUCUUUUGGGUGUAUCAAAUCAUUCGAAUGAUGUGUUCGAUCAUUUCAAGUACCUUCUUGGCUUACUUUUUGGCACCAAACCAUUUGGAUGGAAUCACGGAGAUCAUGUCACACAACAUUCUUUUAAAGAAGUGUAAACGAACUGACUUAGCGAAAGGGUAUGUACCGGCAACAACAAACGAAGAUAUGGACUAUCCACAAGUCUUAAAGGAUAAAUUGUGUGAAGUGUCGAAAGUGACUUACGUCAGACAAGUCGUGUUGGCGCUCUACAUAUCGGAUAUCACAUCCGACUUGAUGAGAAUGCUUCUGAUUGAACGGAGAGGCCAGAUCGUCGACCUUGUAUUCAACGACAGGAAUCUGAGCUCACACAUUUACUGUCUCUUUGAAAAGGGCAGUUUGAAACAACGGUUUAAAGUAUUAACGUUGUGUUGUUUGAUGAUGAAAACCAUUCAGAACAAGAGUGUAGGAGCAAUCAAAGACAUAGAUAGUCAAUAUAGUGCGUACUCUGAAUUGAAUGUCUUUGAAAUGAUGAUUGAAGCGUUGAAAGAAGAGGGGUACGACAUGAGGAGUAGAGGUGUCGAUUUGAUGCAAACGAUGUUAUUAGUCGACCAACAACGAUUCAAUCAGAAGAUGUAUAUAGUGAAUUCAAAGGGGGAGUAUCCUAUUCAAAUUGUAUUACACCGGUUUACUAAAGAGACUCACCGAUCGUUGAUCCUUAGUGAGUCUGUUGUGUUACAGAAUUUACUCCAAAUGAAGGGAUUUACGUCGAAGGGAAUUACAAAGACACAAGCGUUGAGAGUGUUAUACGAAUUAAAAGUGAUCGACGAGUUGAGCCGGCCACUCUAUAAACUUCCCAUGCAGAACGAUGACACCAUCAAAGAGGUGUUAAAGUCCAUUGGACCGAAUUACGACUGUUUGGUCAUAGAGACCAUUAAUGUAUUAACAACGUGUUUGAUGGCACAUAAACGACUUGCGUUUGGGCAUUGGGUCUUAUCGCAACACUUGUUGGACUAUUACGAGCGAUUUUUGUUCUGCAAAGACACGAUGUUAUCGAUCAGUAUCAUCCAUUCAAUUAGAAAGUUAGUUGAGACGGAGCCGACGUUUGCGAAGGUCUUUUGUGGGCAUCCGAUAUUUGGCACGAUGUUGUUGAGGUAUUUUGAACAAGAGAACAAAUCGAAUGUGGCGUAUUCCGCGAUAGCUUCGUUGAUCGAAGAUAUCACAACGAAGGCUGGAUACGAUUAUUACGCUUCUGCUAUCUUCAAUGAGAUAGUUGACAUUAAUAGGACGGGCGACAUGUCGAGAGUGUUGAACAACCUUCUGAAAUAUCCAUUCAGGUUUGCGUGUCAAAUGGAUGGCAGAGAAAUCCCGAUACCAAAUGAGCGACUUGAAAUACCCGUUCAAAUGCGAAAGGUUGAAAUGUUGUGUGUAGGGGAUUUACUCGCGAGGACGACUGAAAUAGGGGAGAAGGGGUCUUUUCACUUUUAUGGUGACAGCGCUAUGGACGAAGGCAAGUAG